AUGUCGCCACAUUCCUCAUUCUACGCCAGUACUCAUCGUGUGGCAGCCAAGCUCUUUACGCUGAUGUUUUUCAACGCGCUCUUCAAGUGCCAAAACACCGAAAUUCACCACCCAGCCGAGUCGAAAGUGACCAAAUUUAUGGAGACACCACCACCAACUGAGCUGUGUUUUGAUUCCAAUCAAAACGCACCGGAUGGUCUACGACACGCCAAUAACUCUAUGCCUGCCAAUCUUCACCUCGAGGCGUGGUCGGCGUGCCCUGAAUACGCUCUCACCGACUCAAUCACCAAUGGUUGGGGUCCUGUCUGCACCGAGGGUGACGCACAGGUCUAUGCGCCGGCAAACCCUACCUUGUCCUCUGAUCGUUCGCCUCCGGGCGUCAUUCAUAAUUCAGAUAACGCCUUUCUGGCUGUUAGUUCACAAUGCAGCGCUUUUCCUGUCUCUCAGACGCCUGUAUCACAGGUCUCGUGUACUGCUACGCAAAGCCACUUCGACUCUCUCUCCUUUGAAGAGCAGUCGGCCAUGUGCGCUGAUCUACUUGCAAACUAUGACCCCUCAUCCCCCUUUAUGCAAAUGGAUGAAGAUUCAGGGCUACCUGACAAUGUGAGCCCUAAUUUCCUUCUGGAAUUUUUCCCUGGCGGCCUUGCACCUUCUUCCACCGGCGGUAGCUACGGCGGCGACGGCCCCGAUCGGAGUUCGGAGACUUUAAAUGUUUCUUCUCAGGAUAGCAGCGGCAACAACCGUCAAAACCACCAAUACCAGGAUGUAUUCGAGGCUAAAACCGCCAACUUUACAGCUCCCUGUCAGAACUACGCUCUGUUCAGGCAACUAGAUAAUAAUACUUGCAAAGUUGCCCCUGAAUUCUGCACCAUGGACUCCUUUAUGGACCUCUCGUGA